CUCCACUCCCUCCUUCCAAAAUUAUUCCUAGUAUUAUUAUGGGUAGAGGAAGAGCUCCAUGUUGUGAGAAGGUGGGGCUUAAUAAGGGUUCAUGGACACCAGCAGAGGACAUGAGACUUAUGGCUUAUAUACAAAAGUAUGGCCAUGGAAAUUGGCGUGCUCUCCCUAAACAAGCAGGAUUAUUGAGGUGCGGAAAGAGUUGUCGUUUAAGAUGGAUUAAUUACCUUCGACCGGAUAUUAAAAGAGGAAAUUUCUCCAGAGAAGAAGAGGAUACUAUUAUUAAGCUUCAUUCUUUGCUUGGCAAUAAAUGGUCAAAAAUAGCAUCUUGCUUACCUGGAAGAACUGACAAUGAAAUAAAAAACGUGUGGAACACACACUUGAAAAAACGGGUCUCACACAAAGAAGAAAAAUCUUCCUCAUCAUCUUCUAGUGAGCAAAGCAAUGUAAAGAAUUGUAAUGUCAAAUUGGAUAAUCAAUUCGGCGAAUCAAAAAAUAGUUCUCAAGAGAAGAUUGAGAUCGAGAUCGAGUUCGAGCCGAGUGUCGAUAUGUCAUGUAUGCUUAUCAGUGACAAUGAUGACAUUGAUGGUGUACACUCGAACUUUGCCGAGGAUUUCGACAAAGUAGUUGUGUCUUCUUCUUCAUCGACUAAUUCCUAUUCAAGUAGUGAUUAUAAUACCAACCAAGAGGACCCUUUAUGGAGGAGUAUCAUGGAUGAAGAAUAUUAUCCUCUCAUGCUUGAUGAUGAUAAUGAUCAUGAGAAAAAUAAUAAUAAUUCAACAAAAACAUUAGGUGAGGAAUAUUCUAAGAAUGAAGAUAAAAGCAAGGAGUGGUUGGCAAACUUAGAAAGAGAACUUGAUCUUGAUUUGUGGGAAAAUGAGGGCAGUCUACAAUGUUUUAAUGAUCCUGUUUCCUGUUAUUUUCAGAGAACCCUUUAGACCUAACUGAUUUACCAAUGUCUUAAUACAUUGUCAUUAAAAAUCUCUUUUGAGUGUUAGGUUAACUAGAAUUCACACAAAGGUGAUGUCUUCUUCAUCUUCCACCUUUUUCCUU